AUGCUCCACAGUUACAGUGCCAAGUUCUCCCACAGCAAAGCACUCACCUCCCCAUACCCAGGGUCACACGUCGAGCGCAGCCAGGUUCCUGAAGAUAAAGUGGGUUGGCUGACUGAGUGGAAGGAUUAUAGCCCUGUGGAAUACACUGCAAAGGCUGUUUUGGCUGGACCCAACUGGGCAGACCCCCAAAUCAAUGCUAAAGGUUUUUCUCCCAAAUUCAAUGAGAGGGAUGGAGAAGUGGAGAGGAAGAGUCUGAGCGGCCUGUACACGGUUGAAAAUGGGAGACCCCGAAAUCCUGCUGGGAGGACUGGCCUCACUGGCAGAGGAUUGUUGGGGCGCUGGGGACCAAACCAUGCUGCUGAUCCUGUUGUAACCAGGUGGAAAAGGGAUGGAAGUGGCAAUAAAGUUGCUCAUCCAGUUACUGGCAAAAACAUCUUGCAGUUCGUAGCUAUCAAGAGGAGAGACUGUGGGGAAUGGGCCAUUCCAGGGGGGAUGGUGGACCCAGGGGAGAAGAUCAGUGCUACCCUGAGGAGAGAAUUUGAGGAGGAAGCCUUGAACUCUUUGGAGAAACCACCUGAGGAGAAGGCAAAAUUGGAGAAGCAGCUCCAGAAGCUGUUCAGCCAGGAACACUUCGUGGUGUACAGAGGAUAUGUGGAUGACCCUCGUAACACAGAUAAUGCCUGGAUGGAGACAGAGGCUGUGAACUAUCACGAUGAAACAGGUGAGACAAUGGAUAAUUUGCCUCUGGAAGCAGGUGAUGAUGCUGGAGCAGUGAGGUGGGUUGACAUCAGUGCAAAGCUUGAGCUGUAUGCAAGUCAUAGCUACUUCAUCCAGCUUGUGGCUGAGAAACUGGGAGCCCACUGGAGUGAGGAUCCUGGGCAUGAGUGCCGUGAGUGAUGUGGACAAGCAACUGACAGACACCAAGAGGAGAAUACAUUCUCCAGCCCUGAAACACAUGACAUUGUCCUAUUCAGUGGAAAUUCAGUGAAAAUCCUGGAAAAUUCAGCUGGGAAAGAUAAACAGAGACUUCUGCAGAGACUUCAGAUUGCUCCUUUGGACUUCUUAGCUAG